CUGUGCCUGCCCGCAGCCGGCUGCUCCUCAGGGAGCAGGAGAGCUCAGAUCGGGAUGUUUGGAAUGUGCUGGAGGCCCUGACUGGGACUUGCUGUGGGAUAAAAAAAUUAAAUUCUCCAGGCUGGCCGGCAAGGAAGAGAGCAUGAUUGGAUCCCUGUGCUCCACACUCAGCGGAUUUUGAGUUCCUGCAAAGCUCAGCCCUGCAGUGGUGCUGGCAGCGGCUCCCCCAUGGCUGCAGCCAGCGGCGAGGGGACAGCAGGGACCCGGCUCCUGCCAGCUGGCACUGCCCUGGCCCUGCUCGGUGGCCUGGUCUACCUGGGCACCCUGUGUGCUGCCUGUAAACGGAAGGGCAGGAAGAAGGUUGCUCCGGAUGGGGUGAAGCUCGUGGAUGAGGCCCUGCUCUGCCGGACACAGCUGCGGUCACUCAGCAAGUCCGACACGAAGCUGCACGAGCUGUACCGGGUGAAGGUCAGAGAUGACGUCCAGCGUCCGGCCAGCCUGGAUCUCCCCUGUCCCACAGCCCCUGGAGGAGAAUCCCUGCACAGCUCCGGCCUCCUGCACCGUGAGCUGCCCCAGAUCCCCGUCCCUGACCCCCCGGCUGCCUCCCCAGCCCCUGACCAGACCUACUCCAACCUGCUCUUCACCCCGCUGCGGAAACCAGCGCCAGACUCUGUCUAUGAGUGCCUGGCAGUGGGGGGAGAGGAUGCCCCGGUGCCCCCCAUGCCAGCUGGCACCCAGGUGUCCCCUCCACGGGCUGUGCGUGGGGCAGCUGAUUAUGCCUGUGUCCAUAAAGUGAAGAAGGUGGUGUCAGUGGAGGUGCAGCCUGGGGCUGUGGCAGGACCCCCUGGAGCACAGCACUGCUGGGAUGGUGCAGGCAAUGCCCCUCAGGCCAAGCUGGAGGAGAUGUACUCGACGGUGUGCAAAGCCACCAAGAAGAAAUCCCAGGUCCCUGCACCAACCCCGAGGGCUGUGAAGGAGGUGGGUUCUGGGUGGCCAGCCCCCCACCAGCAGGAGGGGGCCCCAGCAGCCCCAGGCCCCCCUGACCCCUGUUACGCGUCCAUCAAUGACAGAGCAUGGACUGCUCAGGGCCGUGGCCCCGACCCCGACUAUGAGGCUGUGGACAUUAACUGGAAGAAAGCAGCAAAACGGGACAAGCCAGGGAAGCCCUGUGUCCCCGAGAACCUGUACGAGAGCGUGGUGGACAUUUGGGCAGGGGAGCCCCGGAAAGCCUCGGCCCGGACGGCGGCCAAUGGGCUGGAGGUUUACAUCACCAACCUAUAGCCCCAGGGAGCAGGGCCAGUGCCACAGGGGGGUCCCAGCAGGCUGGACACCAUCGGGUGCCAAAGGGACAGUGCCAGCAGCCCUGUGCCCCCCAGAGCGGCUGUGUCCCUGCACUCUCUCUCUGUAUAGAUUUUCUGUUACUUGUCUGUGAGUGUCCUUGUCCCAUCCCAGCCCAGCUGGUGCCAGCAGGUUGAUGGUAGGGUGUCCCAGGAUGGGCAGUUUGGGGGUGCUGGGUGCUGUGUGGCACCCCAGUGAGACAGGGCUGGCACUGGCACCAAGAUGGGAACAGUGUGAGGACCAGUCAUGUUUUGGGGCAGGGGGUGAUGGGGCUGAAGCCAGCCCCAUGCCUUGGGCUGCAGGACCAGACCCUCAUUGGGAGGUUUUUGCCAUGUCUGAGAGGGUCUCUGUCCUCCUCAUACUGCCUGGGGGAGACCAGGGCCCCCUCCAGCCCCCAGGAAGCCCUGAGAAGCUUUGCUCCCAUCACAGAAUGUCCCUUGUUAUGGGAAGAUGGGGUCAGCCCUGUGCCUUCAUGGAAUCAUAGAAUAUCCUGAGUUGGAAAGGACCCACAAGGCUUCAAGGGAUCAUUGAGUUCAUCUGAUCCUGCACAGGACAACACAGAAAUUUCACUGGUGUGGGCUGUGGGCUCUGCUCCAUCCUCCAUUCCCACCCUUUCAGACCCAAGCAAGGGUGUCUCCGAGGGCAGCCCUCUCCCACACACCA